AUGACAAACGUGAGCUUCGUGACAACGUUCUUUCUCACGGGCCUUCCCCAUGCACCAGCGCUGGACACCCCCCUCUUUGGGAUCUUCCUGGUGAUUUAUGUGCUCACCUUGCUGGGGAACCUCCUCAUCCUGCUGCUGAUCAGGGUGGAUUCUCACCUCCACACCCCCAUGUACUACUUCCUUGCCAACCUCUCCUUCAUUGACAUGUGGUUCUCCACUGCCACAGUGCCCAAAAUGCUGAUGACCUUGGUGUCCCCUGAGGGCAGGGCCAUCUCCUUUCACAGUUGCAUAGCCCAGCUUUAUUUCUUCCACGUGCUGGCGAGCAGCGAGUGUUUCCUCUACACAGUCAUGGCCUAUGACCGCUACCUGGCCAUCAGUUACCCGCUCAGGUACACCAGCAUGAUGAGUGGGAGAACCUGUGCCCUCCUGGCCACUAGCACUUGGCUCAGUGGCUCUCUGCACUCUGCUGUGCAGACCACAUUGACCUUCCAUCUGUCCUACUGUGGGCCCAACCAGAUCCAGCACUACUUCUGUGAUGCACCACCCAUCCUCAAGCUGGCCUGUGCAGACACCUCGGCCAACGAGAUGGUCAUCUUUGUCAACAUUGGUGUGGUGGCCUCAGGCUGCUUUGUCCUGAUAGUGCUGUCCUAUGUGUCCAUCGUCUGCUCCAUCCUGAGGAUCCGCACCUCAGAGGGGAGAUGCAGGGCCUCCCAGACCUGUGCCUCCCACUGUAUCGUGGUCCUUUGUUUCUUUGUCCCCUGUGUUUUCAUUUACCUGAGGCCAGGCUCCAAGGAUGCUGUGGGUGGGGUUGUGGCAGUUUUCUACACUGUGCUGACCCCACUUCUCAACCCUGUUGUGUACACACUGAGGAACAAGGAGGUGCAGAAAGCUCUAUUGAAACUUAAAGACAAAGUAGCAUAUUCUCAGGGCAAAGAAACACCAUGA